AUGGCGCCUCUCUUUAGUCUCCCAGAUGAAGGCAUACUGACACCCUUAUUCGAAUCUUAUCCCUGCCGAGAGCAUCAGAUUCGUUCCCUAGCAACGCUCUUGCAUCCUGAUACAGCUCCUUGCCGAAACCUGGUAGUCCACGGUGCGACAGCAACAGGAAAGUCCGCCAUCGUUUCACAGCUCGUCUCCGACAUAGUCACAAAUAUCAACAACGAUGCCUCCUCGGGCGGACUACAGGCUGUAGUGGUCAAUUCUGUGCAAUGCAUCACAGGACGGCAUCUAUUCGAGAGUAUAGUCGGACAAGUGGCCGAGGUGCUACAGUGGGAAGAAGUACCGCGACGAUGCGAAACGUUGGCGCAGUUGACGGUCGAGCUGGUCAAGAUGAUCCAGUAUCCUAAAAGGGAUCCUCGAUGGCGUUUCGUCCUGGUGCUAGAUGCGAUUGAUCGACAGAAAGAUGCGCCUCCUACAUUAUUGCCUGCUUUGGCGAGAUUGUCAGAAAUUAUUCCGUCUCUCACAUGCGUCUUCAUCGUCACAUCCCCGCCGGCCGGAUUCCUACGAUCACCCUCCUCAGCCCACCUCCUGUUUCCACCGUACGAGAAGAAAGAAUUCGUCCGCAUUCUAUCUAUUGCGCCACCAAAGCCUAUUGCUACAUGUACACAACAAGAAACCGUUGAUCUCUGGACUCGCUUCUGUGCCGCAGUAUACGACUCCCUUACGAAAUCCGCCUCCCGAACGUUACCUUCAUUUAAACAUAGCUGCCACGCACUUUGGCCACGCUUCACAGCCCCUAUCUUAGCUGGAACGCAUCUACCGAAAGAGUUCUCGAAACUCCUUAUCGCAGGCAGAGUGCAUUUCCAGGAUGAGUCUUUGCUUAACCCGAGCAUUGUCUCUGUUCGACCGAAGAACAAGCCUGUCGAGACUACGUCGACGAAACCUACAGCCUCUGCGACCGAUCUUACAAAUCUCCUUCCCACGACCGCUCGUCUUAUUCUCCUAUCAGCCUAUCUCGCCUCUCAUAACGCAACCCGUCAUGACCUGACGCUCUUCUCAACAUAUCACCACGGUCGCAAACGCCGUCGGGGAGGUGGCGUUGCCCGAGGGACCACCCGUACGAAGCACCGAAAGAUUGCUCGUAAACUGCUUGGCGCACAUGCUUUUGUUCUCGAACGCAUGAUGGCCAUAUUCGCUGCCGUGCGAGGCGAGUGGGCAGACGGCACUACCGUUGGCGCAGCAGGACUUGACGCAGAUGUAGCUAUGGCUAUAUCGACGCUUGCUAGCUUGCGGUUGCUGACACGGGUGGGAGGCGCAGGAGAUGUGAUGGAUCGAGGAGGCAAGUGGAGGAUUAAUGUUGCUUGGGAAGUGAUACGUGGAAUAGGAAGAAGCAUAGGGGUGGAGGUUGAAGAAUGGCUGAUAGAUUAA